CGCCAAUGCUUUCUGAAAUGUAUUGGGCCCAAACCCUAAGGAUACUUUCGCAAAACAAAACCACCAUAACGUGAACCCUAGCCUAUUUGUCUUGUAUCCUCACUCCCAUCCUCAACCUCAAGCUCUUAGACGCGGCCGUUGUCUCUGCUCUCAGCUUGAAUUUGGGAGGAUGGUGAGAGUCAGUGUGUUGAAUGAUGCUCUCAAGAGUAUGUACAAUGCUGAGAAGACGGGAAAACGACAGGUCAUGAUUAGGCCGUCCUCUAAAGUGAUUAUCAAGUUUCUGCUGGUCAUGCAGAAGCAUGGUUAUAUUGGGGAGUUUGAGUUUGUUGAUGAUCACAGAUCUGGCAAGAUUGUCGUUGAAUUGAAUGGAAGGCUGAACAAGUGUGGUGUUAUAAGUCCUCGUUUUGAUGUUGGUGUCAAAGAGGUUGAGGGCUGGACUGCCAGGCUGCUUCCUUCAAGACAGUUUGGAUAUAUUGUGCUGACCACAUCUGCGGGAAUAAUGGACCAUGAAGAAGCAAGGAGAAAGAAUGUUGGGGGCAAAGUACUUGGAUUCUUUUAUUAAGCAGAGCUUUAAAGAUCCUUUUGGAAUUACGGGGUACUGCAGAGCUGUUUCUUUGUUCCCUAGAAAAGAAAAAAAUUUAGAAAGAACUUGUUUUGUUCCAAAUUUGGUAUUAGUUUGCGUCGACUUAAAUCUUUUGUUGUAGUUUAAUGCGAUUUUGCUCAAGUUUGAU